CUCGUUUAUACUCUGAAAAGAAAAUAAUUUAUUUUCCCCGUGUAAUGCAGGGGCGGUUAAGCGUGAAUCUGUGCGGCUCUGUUCUGACAAGCUGCUGAAUGUGUUAUACAUGUGUGUUGCCUGAUGGUGGUGAGGUGGGCAGGACAGUUUUAUUUGUCGAGAUUGUCCAGAAAUUACACUCCACACAGGAGAGUGCAGUUUAAAUUGUGGAGCACUGGGCGCGGAUACAACACUCAAACGGAAUGCCAUUGCCACGGGUUUUAUGCAAUAGCCUGCGAAUGAUAAACUUUCUCAUCUCAUCCACACUCUAUUUGCAAGCCGUCUGUCAAGAUGCAGAAUACACCAAAACACAGUUUGAAACUGUGGCUUCUUCAGAAUCCUUGCCUCAUUUUCUGGUUGAACCAGAGGAUGUGUACAUUGUAAAAAACAAACCUGUCACCUUGAUCUGCAAAGCAACACCAGCCACACAGAUUUACUUUAAGUGCAAUGGUGAAUGGGUGCAUCAGAUGAACCAUGUAACAGAAGAGACCAUAGAUAAAAUUACAGGACUCCCAGUACUACAAGUUCGAACUGAUAUUUCACGGCAGCAAGUAGAGAAGAUGUUUGGCUUAGAAGAAUAUUGGUGCCAGUGUGUGGCCUGGAGUACCACAGGCACUACUAAAAGCCAGAAAGCUUUUGUCCGCAUUGCAUAUCUACGGAAGAACUUUGAACAAGAACCAUUAGGGAAAGAAGUUCCAUUGGACCAAGAGGUUUUGCUCCAUUGUCGACCUCCAGAGGGUAUUCCGUCAGCAAAAGUGGAAUGGUUGAAGAAUGAAGAAGUGAUUGACCCAACUCUAGAUCCUAACUUCUACAUCACCAUGGACCACAAUUUGAUCAUCAAAGAAGCUCGUCUGUCUGACACAGCAAAUUACACGUGUGUGGCAAAGAAUAUAGUUGCCAGACGGAGAAGUGCAACUGCAGCUAUAACAACAUAUGUAAAUGGCGGCUGGUCUACUUGGUCAGAGUGGGAGUCCUGCAGCACUACCUGUGGUAAAGGAUGGCAGAAAAGGACACGCACCUGUACCAGCCCCAGCCCUCAGAAUGGUGGGUCAUUUUGUGAUGGACAGAACAGUCAAAAAAUUGCCUGUACCAUCUUAUGUCCAGUAGAUGGAAGUUGGACUGAAUGGAGCAAAUGGUCAGCGUGUGGAACAGAAUGCACACAUUGGAGAAACAGGGAAUGUUCAGAACCAGCACCAAGAAACGGUGGGAAGGAAUGUGAUGGACUUGUUAUGGAGUCAGAAAACUGCACAAAUGGUUUAUGUCCACAAGCUUCAACAGUACCUGGUGAUGUUGCACUGUACAGCGGUGUUGUGGCCGUAGCUGUAUGUCUAACUUUACUGCUGGUUGUGGUAAUCCUCGUGUAUCGAAAGAAACAACAAGAUUUUGAUUCUGAUGUAACUGACUCUUCAAUUUUAACAACAGGAUUUCAACCUGUGAACAUUAAAACACCAAAACAAGAUAACUCCCAUUUGCUUACAAUUCAGCCUGACCUCACAAGCACAUCAGCAUAUCAAGGCUCAAUCCGUUCACGACAGGAUAUCUCAGACAAGAUUCCAAUGACUAACUCUCCCCUUCUGGACCGACUUGCCAAUGAACGAAAUACAUUACGCAAUGGUACAGUACAUUCUGACACUUCAAACCUUAUGGCAAGACUCUCAAUGCAGAUGAACAACAAAUCAUUAUUGAGGGAUGCUUCAAAUACCGCAUUUGGAACAUUUAAUUUUUUAGGUGGCCGCCUUACCAUUCCAAACAGAGGGAUUAGUUUACUAAUUCCACCAGAAGCUAUUCCUCGAGGCAAGAUCUAUGAACUAUAUCUUACAGUUCACAAAAGAGAAGAUUUGAGGUUACCUCUAGCAGGAUGCCAGACCCUGCUCAGCCCAGUUGUAAGCUGUGGGCCGCCAGGUGUCCUGCUCACUGGGCCAGUCAUCCUUAGCAUUCAACAUUGUGCAGAAGGAAAUCUGGAGAACUGGUCUAUAAGGCUGAAGAAACAAUCGCCUCAAGGAAACUGGGAGGAAGUGUUACAUCUAGGGAAAGAAAUUCCUUCCAAUCCUUAUUAUUGCCAGCUUGAUGGUCAAAUGUCCCAUAUAUUUACUGAGACACUGGGCAAAUACACCCUAGUUGGUGAAUCACAGAAUGUGACUGCAGCAAAACGCCUGAGGCUUGUUCUGUUUGCACCAGGAAUAUGUACAUCACUGGAGUACAGCAUACGGGUCUAUUGUCUGGAAGAUACUCAAAAUGCAUUUAAGGAAGUGAUGCAACUGGAGAAACACCUUGGAGGGCAACUGUUAGAUGAGCCGAAGGUUCUUCACUUUAAAGACAGCUAUCAUAACUUACGACUUUCUAUACAUGAUAUCCAAAAAUCUCUCUGGACAAGUAAGCUGCUGGACAGCUAUCAGGAAAUUCCAUUUUAUCACAUUUGGAAUGGCUGUCAAAGAAACCUGCAUUGUACCUUCACUCUGGAACGAUACAGUCUGUCCACAACUGAACUUAAUGGUAAAAUUUGGGUUUGGCAAGUUGAAGGAGAAGGGCAAAGUUUUCACAUUCAUUUCAACUUUCUGAAGGAUGUGAAGCAGGCAGACUUUCAAUAUAUGGAGCCAAACCAUUGUGGCACAUCUUUAGCAGGACCUUGUGCGUUUAAAAUUCCUUAUCUGAUCCGACAGAAGAUUUGUAGCAGUCUGGAUAUUCCAAAUUCAAGAGGAAGCGACUGGAGAAUGCUGGCAUAUAAAUUGAAAUUAGACCGGUAUCUGACUUACUUUGCAUCUAAAGCUAGUCCAACCUCCGUGAUUCUUGAUUUAUGGGAAGCUCAGCACUUUCAUAACGGCAACCUGAACCAUCUUGCCAUGAUCAUGGCAGAAAUGGGAAAACAAGAACCAAUGAUAUUUGUUGUGUCAGAAGCAGAAUGCUGAGUUGGUUGGAAAAUGUUAUUGACCUGUUUUGAAAAUUCAUUUUUUGAGAACAUUCAUUUAGAAUUCACCGAAGUCUUGCUUAAGCAGUAAUCAAUUCAUCCUAAACAAGAUUAAUAUAUUUUCGGUGAAUUAAGCCUUCUAUGUAGAUUUGCUAAUUUUGUGAACAAAUAUUCACGAAUGAAUUUGAUUUUGUAUUGUUAAGUAUGUUCAUUACUUCAAAACAAAACUUCAAUAGCAUUUCUAUUUGACUCUUUAAGGCUCAUAUGAUAAACAUACAAAUUGAAGUGACACAGAGCAAAAUGAUAAAGAAAUGCUAGAGCCAAUCCUUACCCUGUUGUUAAAUUAACAAAUUUCAGUUGCAGUAAAACAUCACAAACCUAAUCUAGAGAAUGGAAACAUCAGCCAAGGUGCCGACUCUUGAUUAGCUAAUUAAACUUGCUUUCCACACAAAAACUUCUAGCAAUUAAAGGCAAGAUUGACUAAGCUAGUAUUACGCCAUAGUCAAAUAUUCCACAAAUAAGAAUUGGCAUUUUGUUGAGCUGAUGGAAUAAUUCUAUACAAACUCAAGACAAUAAUUAAAAAUUAUUGAAGGGUAUCUUCAGCAUCAUUAUCUGGCUGAAAUGGUGCAGCAGAUAAUAAGCAGUUGGUGAACACCCCUAAUUUUUGAGAAUCAUAUUCAAAAUCUUCACUAAGAUGUUCUAUAUCCAACUUUAUGACAUCAGCCAACUUACCUUUUGUUUCUGCCGAUCUGUUGCAGGACCUACCAUUCAUGCUCUAUUCUGGACUAUUCUAAAACACCCCUCACUGAUCCCUUAUGUUUUCCUUAUAUGAACAUGAGGUAAUCUAAAAUUCUGUCUGUGUCACUGCUUGUGUCAAGUCCUGUUCUUUGAUCACCCUUGUGCUCACUGAUCUUCAUUUGGCUCCUGGCCUAACAAUAUCCUGACUUUACUAUUCCCAUUCUUGUUUUCAAAUCAUUCCCAUGAACUCACAUGUUCCCGUCCCUAUCUCCUCUAGUCCUACAAGACUGAGGUAGGGUGCUGGUCUAAUUCUGGCCUCUUGGGCAUCACAGAUUAUAAUUGAUUUGCCAUUAAUGGCCAUAAACUCUAGCAUACCCACCCCACACGUCUCAAAAUAUGUAUUACAGUUUUCUCCUUGAAGAUACUCUUUAAAGUAUAUAUGUUUGCCCAAGCAUUUGUCAUCUGACCUGAUAUCUCCUUGGUGUCAUACUUGGUUUUAUGAUCGUCCUGUGAAGUUUCUUAGAAUGUUAUCAACACAAUACAAAUGUAGGUUGUUGUUGCUGUUGUUCAAUGUUGCAUAGGCAAUCUAUCCUUUCAGUUAAUAGUUUGGAUAGUGAAGGUGAAAAUGACUUCUAGAGUUAUUGCCAAUUGCAAGGUUGGUAAUCUAAUGUGUUCAAAAAGGUCAAUAUGUCUUUUUUUUUACCAAAUGUACUUUAAAACAAGCAUAUGCCAUGCUAUCAAUAGUUAUCUCAGUAUUUUUUUGACCAUCUCAGUAAAAUUUAUAUGGCAUUUCAAAUUAAGCUUAUUUUCCUGUGAACAUGCAGUGACAAAACAGCACGUGUAUUCAGGACAGUCAAUUUUCAGUGUAAGAGAUCAAGGACACUAUAAGUGAACUAUGAGGAAGGGUCACCAGACUCGAAGCAUUAACUCUGAUUUUUUUUCUUCCGAGAUGCUGCCAGACUUGCUGAGCUUUUCCUGCAAUUUCUGUUUUUAUAAGUUAACUAUGUGUACAACUAUAGAGUACACCAAAAUUUCCUCAGUAUUUUGGAUUCAAUUUUGGAAAACCCUCACUAAAGCCCUCUGGUAGUAAUGCUGCCCAACCUAAAUGGAAAACCACAGAGUGCACAAAUGUCCUGAAACAAAGACUGAGAAAGCUGGUGAAAUUCAGUAAUUCUGGCAGCAUCUGUGAAAAGAGAAACAAGAGUUAAAGUUUGGAGUCUUGAAAACAAAAAUUGCUGGAAAAUCUCAGCAGAUCUGGCAGCAUCUGUGAAGAGAGAUCAGAAUUAACAUUUUGGGUCAAGUGAGUCUUCCUCAGAACUAAUGAAAGCUAGGAAAAUGUCAGUUUUCUCUUGACAGAUGCUGCUAGACCUGAGUUUUUCCAGAAAUUUGUGUUUUUGUUUCUGAAUUACAGCAUCUGCAGUCCUUUCAGUUUUUAUGACUCAAGUUUGGUUCUGAAGAAGAAUCAUGCCAAGUUGAAAUGUAACUCUGCUUCUGUUUCCACAGAUGCUGCCAGACCUACUGAGUUUCUCCGUCAUUCUGUUUGUUUCAGAUUUCCAGCAUCUGCAGUAUUUUCUUUUUACACAAUAUUCUGAAUUUAUGGAAAUCAUAAACAGUUUUUCAAAUUUUUACCUAAACAUAGCCAGAGCUACAGUAAUACUUCUCCUUUAUGGCAAUUCUAAGUUCAUUUGAUUUUAUUUUAUUCUCACUUAAACCAACCAUAUAUUUUCUGUAUUAUUGUUUUAUUUAGAUCUAAUGACUUUUUUUUGUUUCUAACACUUUUUGGUAUGUUUUGUUCACUGAACCUCAGAAAAAGUUAUAUAUUUGUAUUUGGUUCCUUUAAAAAUAAUGGAUAGAUAUCAACAGGAUAUGACACAGAGAAAGGGAAUGGCCCAAGGAAGAAUUUUUUUAUGAAUGUGGAAUUAGAUCUGCAUUCUGGAAUUUUAAAAUUAUACAUUGAUGUUAAUUGGAAAUACAAUGAAUUGACUUUAUUUUAGAAUGUUUUGGAUCAUUUUGUUUGGAAUGUUGCUUGUGAUUGGAUGUUGUGGAUUGUCUAAGCUCUCAAGAUGGAAUUUGUCAGUGUUUUCAGAGCAGGUUGUUAGACAUGGGUUCAUUUGAAGUCUCCUCAGUAAGAAAGAAGUUUUUAAUAUUUCUCUUCCAUCUUUAUGACUACAUGCAGAAACCAGGCAGAGAUUAGCAGAAUGAGAGUCCAUUCCAUUCAUCUUCACAGUGAUUCUUAGACACCAAAAUUACAAGAACAAAAUACACGCAUCAAACAAGAUUCGGGUUAACCUUAAAUUUAUUAAACCAUCAAAACUAUGUGCAAACACUUUAUGAUAUGAAUGCCACUUACAAUCAUUAAUAUAGUUUUUUGAUACCACUGUUAAUUGUAGGCCUGGAUUGAGAGAUGGCUGAUCUUUCUCCUCUCCUCCUGACUGUAAUGAUUACCCAUUGAUGCUUGGUUACAGUGUCCCAGCCAAACUAUCAUUUAUAUGGGCCUCAGGGAUGGAUUCUGGCAACAGCCUGUUGGAUUGCCUGUUUUUUAUUACAAGCUUCUCUAUCCUGGCUUUUAAUGUCCUGACUUGUGCAGUACUGCAAGAGCAAUGACAAUACACUUUCGCAACCACUGCUGUUCGCAGCAAAAAGCUAUGUGAUUCCUCUCCCAGUGAUGAGCUCACUGCCAACUCUGUUGUUCCUGAUCCUUCCAUUCUUGACAGAAACUGAUUGUGGGUCAUUGUGGCAGUUAACUUGUAUUAAUUUGUUAUUAAUGUUCUCCAAACUGGUCAUAAGUUAGAGUUUCAGUAGGCUCAUUUACAUUUGCAUUGAGGUUAACCAUUCCAUGUACUUCAAAGGUUCAAAGAGCUGUAUAAUUGUGAUAAUGUUGAAUUAAUAUGGCAUGGCAGGAUCUGUACUCUAUUGAGUGCCUUUGUCCAUUAGGUUUAUGCUGUUUUUGACAUUCUGACAAAUGACCAUUAUAUUCUCAAGAGAUAUUGAUUCAACCCUUAAAUAAGAAGAUGGCUAUAAGUAUUGGCACAGUCUGCCAAUUGCGCUAUUUCAGGAAGUUUUGGACAAUUUGAUAGAAGCUAUAGAGUUUAUUUUAAUUAAUUUCUUCCUGUCAGGAAUAAGGAGAGCCUCUGCCAAUACUGAACAUUUUUUUGACUAAACUGAUAGAGACUUCAUAAUUUGCUUUCAAUCAGGAGCCUAUGAUACAACUAGGACCAUUAUUAAUGUGAAAUCAUCGAGGUUGUGCCCAGUGCCUGACCCAACAGUAAAACCUAGACAGCCUGGUCUCUUGGAUGCAUUGAAGUAGUACUGAAAUGAACAUUCAGCUGUUGGACUUUUGUUUUAUUUAGAUCAAAUGACUUAUUUUUUGUUUCUAACAUUUUUUUGGUAUGUUUUGUUCACUGAACCUCAGAAAAAGUUAUAUAUUUGUAUUUGGUUCCUUUAAAAACUGGAGUAUGGGAAACAGGAGUAGCAAUAAUAUGUAACAUAAUGGUCCAGAUUCCUCACGUUGACAUUUGCUCCCAUUCUAGAAACAUUGUCUUUUCUAUCCAAAUGCAUAACUAAAACCUCCAGUGUUAUAACUGUAAACUUGGACUUGUGCAGCUCUGACAUUCAGCCAGCAUCAUUAGAGGAGGCCUGUAGGCAUUUUCCUUGCACUGAGCAUAGAAUUUGUUUAAAGAGAAUCAGGUUGCCUUUAAGAGAAACGUACUGGUUGCACACGUAUUGCCUCUUGGUCUCUUGUUGAGUGCUAUGCAGCUCAAGUGCAAACAUCAAAGUGUUUUUGUUUUUUUUGUUCUUUAGCUCCAGCCACAUCAAUUUUGUCCUUGGAACUCUCUGGAACAUUCUCUUUUUCCAACACUGUCAUGUUCUCCUUUGCUACCACCACUUCUCCUUUCUUAUUUUAUUCAAAUGUGUUAUAUCAAUAAUUCUUAGCACACUGUCCUGAGAGCCAGACCUCUCUCAUACACAUAUCACCAUAAUUCCACAUAGCAAUCUGCAUCUGUAAACCACAAAUCUUAUUUACUACCUUCUGUGCAUUUAUAUGUAUGCUGGAACAUGAACUGUGGUUCUCUAUUCCAGUGUUAACUGUCUUUCACAGUAUUUUGUGCACCUUAAUAUUCACUGUUGAUAUGCUUUCCUGAUUCUCUUGUUCCCAAACCCUUGCUGAUUUUGUUUAGACCCUGGCCAUAACUACCAUUGAAACCGUUUGCAUGGAAUCUGAUCUGUGUUCUGUUCAGACACAAACCAUUUGGCUUGCACUGAUACCAUCUCCUCUGGGUCCAGUCCCAGUGUCCCCAGAAUUUAAGGCCCUCUCUUCCACACUAUCAUUUCAAUCACUCAUUCAUCUGUCUUAUUUUUUGUGCUCUCUUGUGCAUGGGGUUCUUAUUUUGAGUUCUUGCUCGCUAAUUUUCUACCUAGCUCCAUAAAUUCUGAUUAUAGGACCACAUACCCUAACCCUCCCAUUCCAAUCUAUGUUGUUAAUAAUAAUGUGAACCACAAUUAUCGUCCAGCUGAUCACUUUUCCACAGAGGAGAAAAAAUCCUUUAGCCACUCUGGAGCAUCUUUGACCUUGGCACCAUAGAGACAAUAUACCAUGCUGGAGUCACAUCUAUGUUCACAGAAAUGCCAUUUCCCUAACUAACAAAUCUUCCAAAACGUCAACCACUUGACUAGCUUCAUUCCCUUGGAUUAGGUCUAACACUGCCCAUCUUCUAGUCAGUCUAUCUACAUACUGGCACAAAAACUCUCCUGAAUGCCUUUCAAAAAUUCCACCCUGUCUAAUCCUUUCACACUAAGGCAAUCAUAGUUAUUGUUAGCAAAGUUGAACUGCCCUACAACUAUAACCCUGUUUCUUUUUCUCACUUUUCUGUGAUCUAUCUACAUAUAGUCAUAGAGUCCUACAGCAAGGAGACACGCCCUUUGGCCCAAACUGGUCCAUGCUGACCAACAUGUCCUCCACACUAACCCUAUUUCCCCGCACUUGGCCCAUAUCCUUCUAAACAUCUCAUAUCCAUGUAUUGUCCAAAUGCCUUUUAAAUGUUGUUAAUUUACCUGCCUCAAACACUUCUGCUAACAGCUCAUUCCAUAUGCAUAUCACCGUUUGUUUAAAAAUGUUGCUCUUCAGGUUCCCAUGUACUCCUUCCCCUCUUACCUUAAACUGAUGCCCUAUAGUCCUCAAUUCCCCAGCUCUGGGGAAAAGAUUGAUUGCAUUCACCCUAUUAAUGCCUCUCAUGAUCUUAUAUAUUUGUAUAAAUCCCCCCUCAGUCUCCUAUGCUCGAAAGAAACAAGUCCUAGCUUCUUCAACCAUUCCCUAUAACUCAGAACCUUAAGUCCUGGCAACUUCCAUGUAAAUUUCUUCUGCAUUUUUCCAUUUUAAUAAAAUCCUUCCUAUAGUAAGUUGAUCAAAACUGAACACAAUACUCCAAGUGUGGCCUCACCAACGUCCUUUACAAUUGCAAAAUAAUUCACAAGUUCUAUACUCAAUGUGGUGACUGAUGAAGGCCAGUAUGCCAAAAGCCUUUUUCAUUGCCCUGUCUAGCUGUGACUCCACUUUCAGAGAACAGCGCACCUGAACUCCAAGAUCGCUCUGUUUCACUACACCCCUUAAAGCCCUACCAUUCACCAUGAAACUCCUAUCUUGAUUUGACGUUCCAAAAUGCAACACCACACACAUCUUUAAUGAACUCAAUUAACCAUUUCUCUGCCCACUUCUCCAGCUGAUCAAGAUCCUGCUACAACUUCUGAUAACCUUCCUCACUGUCCACAAUAUCACCUAUUUUAGUGUUGUCUGCAAUGUAUCUGCUCCUCUAUCUCCCUGUCACUGUUGGGAGGCCUGUAAUGUAAUCCCAGCAAGGUAAUUGCCCCUUUUUUCUCUCUCUCUCACCAAGUGGACUCCUUUGAAGACCAUUCUGGGAUGUCGUCCCUUAAGAUGGCAAUGAUGGUUUCCUUUAUAAAUACUGCAAUGCCCAUCUCUCUUACUUGCACUGACUCAUAAAUUAGGCCAGUGAACCUUUUUGUUAAUUUCCCCUUUGGAGGUAUAUAACUGAUUCACAUUUGAUAAUUGCAAAUCAAUCUACUCCAUUAUGCUUUCAGCCAGAACAUUCCAGAUACCAGCUUGUUGUAUUUUAAACAAAAAAAAAUCUCACUUUGACUCUUUUUGCCAAUUUUUAGUUUUUUUUAUCAACUUACUGAAUAUUUCAUCUGUGAAAAUGUAUUAUUAUGUUUUUCAAAAUAUGGGAAUGAUAUAGGGACCUGAUUAGUAUUUCACAUCCAAUGCUUCAUUAGUUUAAUCAUGUUGAACAUGGAAAAGCAGUACAGUUUGAUGGAGUCUCAUUUUUUAAAUGUUCUUUGGUUGCAUUAGCAUGGUUUAUGUUAAAGGAUUGCAUGGUCACAAACAUGCUUGUCAAAACAAUUGUAGCCCAACACCUGUUACACUACUGGUCAAUCACUCAAAGUUGAAUCAGCCUUUAGAUAACAGUGUAUUAAAACAAUUUUAAUACUUAAAAAUCACAACAGAAAUUGUUUAGAAAAUGUAAUGAAACAUCUAACAACAUAUGGUAAUGAUUAACUCUGCAUUGUUCACAUUAACAAUCACUGCACAUUUAGUGUACACAAAAACUGCUUUGUAAUAACUAUUAUAAAUUGCAGGGUUUGGGUCAGCAGUAAAUUACCAUUUCUUAUUCCUUUCCCUUUUACAUGCCUCCUCCCAUCCCGCAAAAACGUGCUAAGCAGUAUAGCCACUCUAUGUUGAAAAAGUAAUUUAGUAGAUGGGUGGUUUUACAAAUUGUAAAUUUUUUGCGAUGGAAUCGCUUACAUAAUAGAAGGCUUUUGCUGGAAGGUCUUGGGAAUACAUGUUUUGUAGUGUUAUUGUAGUAAAUUUUACAACUGUGAGGAUUAUUAAGAUGUGUGUUAUUAUUUUUGACGUAGUUCUUUGCCGCUUGCUGUCAUUUGCUGUAUAUGAUGUAAAAAUGCUACAGAAGUACAAAAGCAUUUCAUGUAAAUUAUCAUUGCAACAAUGCCUUUAAAUAGAAUUCUUUGUAUUAAAAAUGUUCGAGACAAAUGCUUACAUUGUUUCAACAGUACCAUUUUAUACUACUUACUAUGUAUUAAGUGUAUAUCCUUUUUAAUUAACCCUUUGAAGAUGACAUUACAACACCAAAACAGUAAUAAAAUCCACUUUAUUUUAAGGCUACAGGGUACAAAACAUUCUAUCCAAUCUUUAUAGGUUUUAAGUGAAGCACUAAAAAUAUCUCCAGUAUUCAAAGAGUUAAUUAACAUUGCAUUGUUUCAUCAUAUUCUAUAGUAAUGUAUACUCUGUUUUCAGUUUAAUCCAAAUCUUCAAAAGUUGACUGUAUGCACUGGGUACUCCAAUUAGUGUCCAUUCUCCAUUGAGCCUGCUUUAAAUUAAUUUCUGUGUUUGUGCACUUUCAUGAUGUGUAGAAAAUUAACAAGAAACAACAGCUGAGCAUUUUAGAUUGUUACCAAUACACCAAAAGCCUUCACAAAGCAAUUUGAGGCUGAUAAAGCAAGUUUAUGUUUAAGUGUUAACCAAUAAUGUAAAUUUUGGUUGCAAGAAGUAAAAUUGCAUUUUAUUCAUGAAAUCAUAAGAAAUAGUCAAUAUAUUUUACUUAGGACUUAUAUUUUUCUUGUUUUGGCUUAUGGUUCUGUAUCUUUGUGCUGAGAAAUCUUAUUGCUGUUUUCAAUAUAACUGUUUUUAAACCCAAGUUACUGUUUAUAAUGCUAUAUAGUUAAACUUCAAAGAAUCCACUGGUAAUAAGAAAUCAAUGUUUUUCCACAUGCAUUUUGUUGUCCAGCUGUUGUGAAAACUACGUUGCAUUUUAGAUCACAGACCGAGUACAGUACUUUGAAUUAAUUUGGAAUACAGCAGUCUGUAGAUGUUCUAUUUUGAAAAGUAAUUCUGAAGUGCUUUCAAAUAUAUUGGCCUUAUGUAUAUAUUCAUCCACUACGGUAAAUUUAUGUAUGUAAUUUAACCCAAGA